GAAUCAAUGGAACCGUAAAACAUAAUACAUUUACGUCAAAAAAGAACGAAUUAAUCUUGGCGCUUUUCUAAAAAAUUCUAGAACACUGACGCGCGCAUGCGCUGUGACUGUAGUUACCACACAAGGUCAAACGCACGUGCGCUUACCGGCUGUCAUUCAGUACUCUGUGUGUAGAGUGGAUUUAACUACCCCGCGCUUUGUUCGAGACUUUAUAAUAAUAAUAUUAAUAUUGGACAUUGAUUGCGGUAACGAUCCACUUUUGAAAUGGCAAGAGGAAGCCGCAGCCGUCCUUCAACAGCACCAGCGAGUGCUCCUGCCCCAUCCUAUGCUCCAGCCCCCGCACCACCUCCUCCGAUGGCAGUGGCUCCUGCUGCGGUCCAGCCCAAACAGCCAGGUCUCAUGGCCCAGAUGGCCACCACAGCUGCUGGAGUGGCAGUCGGCUCGGCUGUAGGACACGUGAUGGGCAGUGCCAUCACAGGUGCUUUCAGUGGAGGCAGCAGCAGCUCAGAGGCACCCAAACCAGCACCCACAUCUCAGGAGCCCUCACGACUUCCACCCUCUCAGUCUGGCCCAUGUCUCUUUGAGGUGAGGCAGUUCCUGGACUGCGCCACGACUCAGGCUGAUCUGACCUUGUGCGAAGGCUUCAAUGAAGCUCUUAAGCAGUGCAAACUCUCACAUGGUGUAACAUCUCUGGUGUGAUGAAGAACUUGGAAGAUCUAAACACUAAAUGUAGACAAACUAUUGGUCCAGAAUCUCAAAAUCUCUAACAGUAAAUGUAAAUGACUUAUGUUGAUAGUUGUGAAAUGCAUACGGAUACUUCUGAAUGUGUGAUCAUGUAAAAGACGUUGUACAAUUAAAGAGCUGCUAUUUA